CCUUGUGUUUUUCCUCUAUCUGUUUACAUCAAUUGGUCAUGAUGAUUGAUAGUGAAAAAGACAAAGAAUAAAAAAAACUGUUAAUAGAGUCAAAGGUGAAGAAAUAUGUAAAGAUUAAUUAGUCGUAUGAUACGUAUUGAAUUGCGAUGGAUACAAUACCAAAUCAUAUGUUAUAUAUAGAAACAUCUCUAAUCAUUUAAGUCACCAGCAAUAGGACCAAAGAUUAAAGUAGCCGAGCCUAAUUUGAAUUUUUUUCCCAUAUUUUUUAUAUUUGCAAUGAAAUAUCAUUUAUCUUUUGUUAUAUUAAAAUUUAACUUUUAUGCCUAACCUAAUAUCUUAUAGUUUGAUGCUUUGCUUUUUUAUGAAUGUAUAUUUGUCUCUUUAACCAAUUUGUAAUUUUACUCACAAUCUGUUGGUCAAAAUCAAAAGGGUUAGUUACACUUCUCACUUUUAUAGUUUGAUAUAGUUUCAAAUUGAAUAAUUUGAUCCCUACAUUCUAAAUCUAAUUUCUGCUUGGUCAUUCCAUUCAAGUUUGAGGUGAAAGUUAACAAUUUUGGGACACUUGUUAGUUUCCUAAAACCCAUGUAGGAAAAUUAACGAAAAUUUGGACAGAAGGACUAAAUUGAAAUUGAAUUAAAGUCAUAGGGAUCGAACUGUUCAAUUUGAAACUACAUGGGCUAAAGUAAAAUUUGAGUCAAAGUGUAGGGGCUAAGAGUGUAAUUAACCCAAAUCAAAAUUUGAUAUUAGUGGUUUGCCUUAUUCUUCAUGUUAAAAAACUCAAUGAAUGAUAGUGCAUUUUUAAUCAUCUAUAUCAAUUCAUAUUUCAAUGCCCACUUGAUUUUCUAUAUUGUUUUCAUUAAUCAGAACAUAAAUUAUCAACUUUGGGGGUUUACUAGCUAGGUUGGUUUUGUUGCCUUAAUUUUUCUUAGCUUAUGUUUGUCAUUGACACAUGCGCCCUAGCUAGCUAAUUUAUUAGUUGUUUCCAUAUCAAGACCACUGCAAACCAAAGUUAAUAAUCUUUUCCACACUAGUUAGGGACAUAUCAUUGUCACCAAGAAAUUAAAUUUUAUUACCUUUUUUGCCAUCUUGUGUUUUGUUGUUUGGGGUUUUUUGGCAUCUUGGUUUGGUUUGGGAAAUAAUUUUUUUCAUUUUGUAAUUUAAAUGAUGACUAAGGUUAAUAAUGAGAAAUAGGGAAAAAGGCUAUUUUGGGCAAAAGAAAGUUGGUAAUGUUAGAAUAUAUGUCGUUUAUAAGUGCCUUUUAUUGUUAUUAGCGAGGGUACUAAUGUCAUUGUGUUAUUUUAUUACAGUAUAAAUAUGGACUGAGGUAGAGGUACGAGACACAACCCUAAUACCUAUUCCUAUAAUUUUUUGUUUCCUCUCUGUCUUCUCUUCUUGUUCUCUCUAGCCCUAACCUUGAUCUCACAUAUUCUAUAAUUCAACUGGUAAGAGAAUAAAACUCAUCAUCUCUUACGCACGAUCUCACUUUCUCCGUUUUCAUUUGUUUCUCCCCCAAUUCCUGAGCCUCAGUCCUCGUGAAGAUCCAUGGGAUUCGAGUUCGAAAUCACUGAGCCCUAGAUCUAAAAGAAGAUAAGAGGGAUUCGAGUUGUUCUUUCUAACAAAUAUGAAUGCUUCAUCCUCUCAAACAAAGGAACCGAAAAAUGACAUCCCAUUUCUUCCCGAGGACAUCAUUUUCCACAUUCUUAUUUGCCUUCCUGCUGAGUUUUUGCAUUGCUGUGGAAAAUUUGUGUGCAAGGCUUGGGCCAAAAUUAUAUCUAAUCCUUCUUUUAUCAAGGCACACCUCCUUCAGUCAAAUGAUGGCUUGUUCGUCCAAAAAUUUGGUAAGCUAUAUCAUUCAUGUUUCCUUGAGUUCAAUGAGGGAGAAUUCAGAACAACACACCUAAAUUGUCAUGGACAUAUGGUCUCUAGUUGUCGUGGCUUAUCGCUAUUUUCGGGCUCAUAUCCUGAGAGAUUUCUUUUUGUUGGGAAUCAUGUGACACAAAAGUAUAAGAACUUACCUUUUCCUAUUGCGAAAGGUCAUCUUUUGCUCUCUUGUCAUAUUGGUUACAUUUCUCACAUUGAGGAGUACAAGGUGGUUUGCCAUUGUGAGAUAUCAGGUGGAGAAUAUAGAUGGUUUGUAUUGUCUAUGGAUAAUAAUAACAUGUCAUGGAGAAGAAUGGAGACUUCACUAAAAGGAAUCAGUUUUUAUUGUGAUGACAGAGCUUCAGUGUCUGUUGGAGGCGCUAUUUAUUACUCUCAAAUGAACAGUCAUAUUUUUGUUAUUGACCUUUAUGAUGAAACUUCUCACUCCAUUCAAGUUCCAAAUGAAUUUGUUGGGAGUUGUUAUAGUCUUCUUGAGCGGGGGAAUAGUUUAUCUUUCAUUGUGAGACAUUCGGCAGAGGUUCAUGUAUGCAUAUUAAAGACUUACGUUGUAAUGAAUGGGCUAAACUUUUACAAGAUUACAGAAACAAUAGAUGGACCAAAUUUUUUAUGUGAGAGUUUCAUACCUGUUGGUUGGCUGGAUGAUGGCCAACUCUUGGCCUUCAUUCACUUUGAAAAGUUGGUUGUGACUUAUAAUGUGAAAACAGGAGAGGCAAGAUCCUCCGAUGUUUUCAGCUCUGAUUUAAUACGGAAACACACCAACAGCCUUGUUUCAUGGAAGCAUUUAGAAGGCAAGGACAAGAGAGGAGGAGUCUCAUCAACAUAAAAUGUUGGCAGAAGCUAAGCUGCAACAUUUGGAGUUUGAAUUCUAUUUCUUUGCAUGACGCCAGAGUUUAUAAAAGAUUAUGUAUACCAACUUGGGGGUAACUUGCUUUGAACCAUUAUUGGUAUCCAAGUUGUGCGUAUAAUUUUCUUACAGUGAGUGCUUUUUUUGUUUUCGUAUUUUUGCAACAGUUUGUUACAAAUAAGGCUUGGAAGUUGAUUAGGAAAAUAGUAAGGGAUGAAUGAAGUUGGGCAGGGUAUUGGUCCUAACAGUUGAAGACUAAGUGGUUGGUAACUUUAAAGUGUCUUUGGUUUUGUGUGGUGGUUUACUUUUGUUUCUGUUGUGUGUUACCUAGUUCAUAAAACAUUUUUGUAGAUUUAUGACGUUACCUUUUGCCCCGUGUAUGCAAUAUAGUGAUGAACAUAGCAUUUGUGGGUU